AUGAAUCCAAACACUAUCGGAUGGAACUUUAGUCUCCCUAGCCAGGCAGAGCAACCCGUGCCUCCGCCUGCUGACCCUCAUGUGAUCAAUGCUGGGCCAGCCUGGGGGGGAUACCAAGUUCCUGGUGCACCACCCUAUCACGCGACCUCGUCCUCCAGCUCUGUCAGACCUCCAUCCAUUGGCUUCGUCCUUACUCCCCCCAACAGUGAGGCUGAUGCGCCAUCUGCACCACCGAGCGACUAUCCCGCGCUGGUCAACUCGAGACUUGGUCACGUGUCUCUCAAUCGCGCCAAUUCAGACGUUAUUUGGAGUCCCUCUUCGCGAGUACCGGAUCAGGGACCGCGAAAUCCACUUACCCCAAAACAAAUUUUGAUUAACAGUUUCUCUGACAUGGCUGAACAACAAAAAGCGAAACAGCUUCAGCAGACUGUUGAGGAAAGCAGCACGGACCACGGUGUUUCAAUUUCCCGCAGUUUGUCCUUGCCCCACCGCGAGCUAUCCUCCUGUACGUCUACUUAUUUCGUUCUUUUGUCUAAUUGCUAG